CGAGGUUUACCGAAGUUGUGAAACCUUACGUACAGUUACAAGAUUGUCAUAAGUUCAUAACAGUGCACAGGAAUUCUUCGUGGAGUUUUUUGUUGUUAUUUAUAAAUCAGUGUUAUGAUAGUAACUGUAUUAGUAUUAUUUUGUACUUUUCAAUUCGUAAAAUGAAUGCAAGUCCAAGUUUUCUGGUUGGCAUUAGGAAAUGUUCACAAUGUAUUCGUGUGGCGCUGCUUAAAGUAUCGCGUUCGAUUACACUUCGCGAAUGCAAUGUUGCCAAUGGCAAUGGCAAUGGCAAUGGCAAUGGCAAUGGCAAUGGCAAUGGUUUGUUGUCGUCGUCUCGCCCUACUACAGUCUUGGCUCGCAAUUACUCAAAUCUACAUCAUUAUGAAGAACGUAAGUCAUCCCCAAAGAAACCAAUUUUGGACAUGGAUCCUAAUGCGUUCGGUGGAUGGAUGAGGAAAAAUAAAAUUCGACGAUGCUUCGCCGUUUAUGAUAGACAUGCUGGUCAUGUAAAGGUCUCUCAUCCAGAACUCGAGGAACUAAAGCGAAUGUUAGAGGAGUCAAAACACUAUCAUAAUCAUGAAGCUAUCUUCAUGAGCCUGGGGAUUCGCACUGAUGCACUGAUGUGUGCUUUUAUAUGGAACACUUCUCGUGGCAUUGCUCAAGGAGGUGUAAGCAUUCUACCUCAUACAAGUAUGAAGAAUGUUCUUGAAAAUGGACUGCAUUCAUCCAUGAUGACAGGCAUUACAGCAGCCCUAGCAGGCUUGUGGGUUGGAGGAGGCAGUUCAAUCAUAAUUGAACCAAAGGUAGCAAGGCGACACCAACUAAGCUAUAGGGAGAAGAUGUUCUUUGAUUUUGGAGAUUUUUUAACCUCACUCAAUGGAUGUUACAUUGCAUCUGAGGAUAUAGGAACAACGACGAUGGACAUCACACAUGCCCGAACCCGCAGUCGAUACGUCACUGGUCUGUCUGAAGAUCAAGGCGGGUGUGGAAAUCCGUCUCAUGCUACUACAAAAGGUGUGAUUUGUGCAAUGGAGGCUACACUUGACUUUCUGAAGAUGGGGACUCUUGAGAAUAAGACUGUUGCUAUUCAAGGGGCUGGGAAUGUUGGUCAACAAUUGGUUUGUCAGUUGGUCGAGAAAGGCGUGUCUUCAAUCCAUGUGACAGAUGUCCAUGAGAACCAACUUGACAGUAUUCGAAAUCUACACGUCAGAGAGAGUCAUGGAAGCAUUGUAUUGGAGAAAGUGCAAGAGUACGAUACAGGGAUAUUUGCCCAGCCCUGCGAUGUAUUUGCGCCAUGUGCAAGCACUGGUCUGACUCGCGUGCUGACACACCGCACCAUACCGCUACUGCGGGCGAGAAUCGUGUGUGGUUCAGCCGUAAAUCAACUCAUGGAUCUCAGUGAUAGCAGGCUGCUUGCUGACAUGGACAUCACCCACAUUUCUGAUGUCAUCACAAACCGCAUGGCAUUGGUACACUACGCCAGCGAGCCAUUUGGGAGACAACCAAACGAUCCAUUCAUGGAGCGACAUUUCGAUCCAACGUGGGAGUACUCGAUAUACAACAUGACACAGCAGAUUCUCCAGAAAUCGCAGGAUGAUGAGAUAUGUCCGUCUGAAGCGGCCACUGCUAUUGGUGAGCAACUCUGCAAACAAGUGGAUCCCGCAUGGCCUAACAGAGGGUCCCAAAUAAUCUAUGCAUUGUUACGGUCAGGCUGGCACCAGCAGCAAGAUUACUGGCGGAGGCGUAGCAACAUGUAUUGGAGUCAUAGUAUGGGGGUGUAGUUAUGAUUGUGUAAUGAGCUGUGACCCAUAGUCAGUUUAGAAUAAUGACAGCGAUUUGAUUGUUAUGAUAAUUAGUUGCAGUAGUUACUGUGAAUAUCUUUUUAAUGUGAGUUGCAUGCUAUAUAUUUAUAACUCGGUUUAGCAUUAUAAUAACUAUGAAUUGUGCUUUUAUGACAUGGAUUUUACAAUGGCUACACAUUAUUGAAACACAGAUAAUUAUAUAAACUGGUGUGUUCAAGUGUCAAACUAUAUAUUUUUACUUCCAAACGGUUUUAAAUCAAAUACACAUUUUUAAUAAAUCAAGAAUCUCA